UUUUGCAGGCAGUAAAUGGGUGUUUUCUAAAGGCCAGUAUCAAUAUUGACAGUGGGGAAACGUCCUGCGGUCCAGACCUGUAGCUUCCACAGCAGGUUGGUUUUCCAACAGUCGCUGCUUUGUGAUUCUAUCCACUUUGCCUGCAGCCACACUGCAGCUUCUCCAUAUGAGCGAUUUUUCUUUUUUCUAAAGUUCUGUCCUGAUCAUCUGAUAAUGCUGUUGAGGAUCUGUCUCAUAGCAGCACUUCUAAUACGCUAUGUGCUGUUAAGUUGUGCUUUAGAACAUGAAAAGAGGGAAAGUAGAGAGUUUCAAAGCCCUGGCAAGAAUGCUGACAUCAGCCCCAAGAUGAAGAGAAAUUACACUGCCGAUAGUGAUGGGAGACGUCAGGCUGUGACUACAAGAAAGAAGGUCAGAAAGGCGGGAAGUAGGAGAGUUUCCGUGCCAUUAAGAAAUGACAUCGGCUGCACCAGACUGGGAGGCAUCUGCCAGCCAAACCGGUUCAUCUGCCAAGGCCGAUACCUGAAAGACAAAUGUUCGGGGGCUAAGACGCGGCAGUGUUGCAUGCAAGUUGGAGCCUGGAGUGUCCUUUGUGCUGGUCACCACAACAACAGAAUCAGGGCCUGCGAUUCGCACGGCUGUGGAGCUUUCAAUUCCAAAAGAGUUAAUGGCCUCCAUAAGGCAGUGGACCUGGUGUGUGAUGACUUCGGUAUCAUCAACGCUCCUUUCUCAGGCUCCCUGGCGGGUCCAGUGAGUCAGAAAGACCCAGCUGGUAAUCAGUACGACGGGGUCAAACUUCUCAGUGAUGUGCACUGUGUGAAGAUCUUCAACAUCCAUCCUUACCGUUACUUAGGCCCGGUGGCUCAGGGAGAAGCUCUGGGUUAUCUGUUGCCACUUCAGGAACGUUUCUCUGGCAUCACAUCUCAUCUGGAGCUGCAAAUGUGCGAUGGUAGUGACCCUUCACCUUUCAUAUGACCUCUGAUUCUCAUCUAUUAUAUAAGUGUUCAAUCUUCAUCCACAAUGCCUUUCACUCAUUUCACCAAUCUCUAUGAAAUAUGCAGCAUUUAAAAACUAAUAUCUCACAUUUUGAGAACUAGACUGUAUUAUGUUUUACCUUAAUAAUGGAAACGUAUUCAUAGUUCAGCAUUUUUAGCUUGUGAUGGCAGACCUUUGUAUAACUGGUGAUUCUUUAUCUGCAUUUCUUCAUUUUUAUAGCCUUUUUUAACUUUGUGUAUUGUCCCUGUUAUCAUUUUCUACAGAACCUCACAUAAAAUGAACUGGAAAAACCAAAACAUUUUUAAACUAGGACUUGAACAUACUUUUUUUUUUUUGCUUCUCGUUUUCUGUGAAAAAUAUUACAUCCGACAGCAUGAACUCACGUAACCCUUUAGUUGCAAUAAAUUCAUACUUUCAUUUCUG